AUGGUCCGUCCAGACCCCUGCGACCCUGGAGCGGAUAAUUGGUAUACGGUAGAAGACCGGCGCCAACGCAAACGUAUUCAAGACCGCUUGGCCCAGCGAGCAAGAAGGAAACGCCUCACAGAAGCUAAAAUCAAUGGUUCAUUGCAAAAUCGGUCCAUACACAAUAAUAAUAAUGGCGAUGCCGCGACCCCCUUAACACCACAAAGCGUUUCCGUUACUACCGCUAAUAAUGAUAACGACGAUACAUACCUACCAAUAGCACGCUCGCCAAACAUGUCCAACUUCCCUAUGGAAGUGUUCAUCAAAGACGGGGUGUUUAGUAAGACAGGCGUAUCGUCGGAGAUGCCCAUGACCGUCUGGGCGGCCUUGUAUUUGAAUGGCUCGAUGAUGGGGCUUGGUUGCUCAACCUGCUACCCAGCAAAGUCUCUGCCGGCUCAACCCCAUAUACCGGAAAGUCUACAUCCCACUGCGCUACAGCUGUACAGCAUCCAUCCGCUGUGGAUUGACCGGUUUCCAUUUCCUCGAAUGCGCGAUAACAUAAUCCAUUUGAUGGGGUUGAUUGAUGAAGAAGAAUUUAUUAAAGAUAUCUUCUGUAUGAUGAGCUUUAAAAUCAAACCAGGGGGUGCUUCUUGGGACCCAAAUGCUUGGGUCAUUGGCAAAGAAUUUGGUAGAAAAUGGGGAUUUCUAUUUACAGGAAAGUACUCAUGA